CAUCGACUGCGCCAGCCGCUUGGCGGGAGAUCGACGCCGUGCUCGGCAGCGAGCCGGGGCAACAGGUUCUCGGCGCGUUGCCCAGCGACGGCUUUGUCUACCCAUUCAUUUCGGGCAAUCCGCAGGUCGCGACCGUAGCGCGGGGCCGCGAGCUCGCUCCACGGGCCCGCGACAACGCCUUGAUGGCG